UAUCUCAAAAUUCAAAUGAUAAAUACUAACCCAAGAAUAAGACAAACCCAGCCACAAGAACAGCCCCACAAAUAAAGAAAAAAUUACAGAGCGAUAAUGGCAAUGGACCCAAAUCACCAUUUCUUCAUCCACUUCCAAAAAUAGAAUAAACAAAUCCUCAACAAAAUUAUGCAGAUUUAUAUUCCUGCAACAAAAGUUAUGGCGCACAGCAGCACAACCAUUGAAGAACAAUAAGCAAACAUUACCGAUCACCAUGUUCCGCGGCAGAAGCAUGGGAGGUGGACCUGCCGGAAACAUCAUCAGAACCGCCGGUAGAGCCGUCGCCAGAGCCGCCAGUACCCCCACCAACCGACCUUCCUCUCCAACUUCCACUUCCAGAGCCACACGCCGCCACGGCGGCUCCGCCAAUUUCCAUGGUCUGUCGUCGACUUCUUCCCUUAGCCAAUGUCCUGUUUCCGCCACUAACGGCGUUGCCAGCGGCUGGCAUAUCUGUAAUCCGUACUGCGAUGAGUUCGAGUGGAUUACUGAAGACGGAAUUGAGAGCGAAAAUGUGGCUAGGGUUUCUGAGGACUCAAUCGGAUGGUCCAUUCCGACGUUGGAUGAGGUUCAUGGCGCCGUCUCUGCGAUUCACCGUGUUUUUGGACAGGAGAACGAUGAAGCGGGUCGGGUGGGGAAGUAUACGGGUUUGGUGAACCGGGUUUCGCCGGUCGGGUCGGAGGUGGAUUGGGUUGAGCCGUGUUUGGACGUGCAAUUUUGUGGGCGUGGAGUUGAAAGGGUUUAUGAUGCUUUUCAUUUAUUGCAGACUGACCCUUCAGUUCAGAGAAUGGUUAUGUCGGUAUCAACGGAUAAAGCAGUUUGGGAUGCAAUAAUGAACAAUGAAGCAGUGCAACAUUUGAGGAACUCAUUCCAUGAAGCAAUAGACGAUGCUCCCCAGAAUUCCGAGGAAAGCCCUCCUGAUGAACCCUCCAACGACGAAUCAACGAAUGUCGUCCGAUGGAUUUUCGACAACACGAAGACGAGAGUGAUGGAAGUAAUCGAGAGAAUCACAGAGCUGAUGAACCAUUUGUUUCAGAAUGGAAAUGGAAAUGAUGAUAAGAAAAGGGGAGGAGAAGGAAGAAAUCUGUUAGAGGAAAAGCUAAGAACUUCAUUCUUAAUCUCCAUUGUCGUGCUGCUUGUUGUGAUGGUGAGUCGAGCCCACAAGGCUUCUUCUUCUCAAUCAAUUUGACGACAUCAAAACUUUGUUCAACUGAUCCAAUCUGUUCUCUUUAUGCUGUUUUUUAAGUUAUGAGAUAUUGGAUUUUGGUACUCGAAAGUUUCUUUAAUUUAGUUAUGAAAAAUUUUAGUUCAUAUCUUUGUUUUUGCAA